GGAAAUGUAUAUCGUGAUCGGAAAUAGAUGCGUAUGCUACCAAAUGGCUGAAAUUUUUUGAGCUACAGAAACAGAUGAAAACAGCAAUAAAAGACAAGUCAAAUUUCCGCUUUGUCGGGAACGACGAAAAUUCAAACCAGAAUUCUUCGCAACCUUUGAAAAUGUCUGCUGAGCGUGUCGGGGUUACAAAAUCAUCGUGCUAAAAAAGAUUACAGAAAUUCAACUUACAAUACAUGCUGGCAGGAUUGACAAUUAUCGUGUGAAUAUCAUCUGCAAUUGGGGUUUUUGAUUCUGUAAAAAGGAGAGAAUUUCAUUAUACAGCGGGUAGUCACAUGUCAUCAGCUCGCAGUGCUUCCCCAACUCUGCUCAAUCUCACAAUAGACACUGCGGUUUCUAACAUACAUCGCAUUGGUAGUCUCAACUCGAUACCUGAUCAUAUUGUUGUCGAGCUCUUCACGAAAACCUUGUCUGCUGGGAAGUUGACAGAAAGAGUCUUGAGGAUUUUUGUCGCAACAGGCAAUGAGUAUGUUUUGGGUUGUGUUAAAGCAUUCAACAUUCAGCCAAUUCUAAGGCCAAUCUUACCUACACGAUGUUCAGAGAAAUUUUAGAUAUCCACUUGAUUAAGGUGGCAAGCCAUGCAUAUAUUACCAUUUAUCAAAUUAUGUUGUCAUCGUCAAAACUGGUGAUAUGAACCACUCUUCUGUUUUGUGUUUGUUACCUGUUAUGGACUGGGGUUAAUGUGAAAUCAGGCAAGGUCAUCUAUUUGGGGAAAAUGUAUACCAUUGACAGGUUAAUUGGGGGUUAUGUAAAUAGUAGAUAUAGGAUAAUGAGUUUCCAGAGUGUGGGUGUCUCAGUAGGGAUAUCCAAUUUUAUUUCUAAGGUUUAAUGGGGUGCAGGUGUGUUUAUACAUCUAAUGUAUCUACAAAAAUUAAGCCAAAUCUGAAAACCAUACUAAAUUAUUUUAAAUUUUAUGAAGAUACCAAUACCAAAUUAAUUUUCUUAAAGAAAUUGAGGCAGGUUUCUUGGGUGCGCAUCCUUAUCUGUCUCUGAUGUCCUGUCAAAUAUGUCGGAACUGCUUAAGAGUCUUGGAUGCAGCCUUUAUUGUAAAGAUCAUUCCCUGAUAAAGCUUGCCCUGGUUUGUUUGUGCAAGAAGCAACAAUCGCCCUAUCGGAGUGGUCCCAUAGAAGGGGACUUUAUAAAAUUUCAUCUGCGUCUUUGUAAUCGUGGGAGACUGGCAAAAUUUCCCUAUGUGAUAUAUUUGCAGCUUCAGUACCUUUUCUUGGGGGUCAUAGUAGCUGAAUUAUUGUCUAUCAAUUUUUUUUUUGCUUUUGAUGAAAUAAUUAUAACGACAACUGGUAAGAAGUGCUUUAACAGAGGAGUCGCAUGGAAGGCACUUAAUAAAUCUACUCAUCAGGUGCUACUGAGCAAAUGCAUAAACCUUCCACAGUGAAAUUAUGUUUUGAAUUCCUCCUGCGAUUCUUUAGAAGUUUCCAUAUUUUACAUGUGACCCUGGGUGUAUCACUACAGUGUACUGCAACCCUAUGGACCAUGGAAUGAAAAUAACAGUGAUGAUUGGAUAGAA